AUGCUUUAUUAUGAUUAUGAGAUCUAUACACAGAUCUCAGACUCAGUGCUCAGUGCUCAGUGCUUCAGUUCUAUUGGUGACUCUUUAGUUCAGGAGGUGUUCGGUGCUGUAAGCGACUCUGUUACAUUUUCUUUACAUGUUCCUGAUUCUGGGACUAUAAUUUAUAAAGGUGAAACAGUUGGACUGGUGUUGAAUAGUCAAAGUGAGAUAAACGGUGAGAAGUUUGUGAAUCGUCUUCGUUGCCACAAUCAGAGUGGGUUCUUCACUCUCUCAGACCUGAGACCAGAUGAUUCAGGACUUUACACAGUUGAGAGCACUAAAGUCCAAAAGGGAAAACAGGAGUAUCAUCUGGACAUGUACAAGAGAGUUUCAGCUCCCCAGGUGAUAAACACAACCAACAGUUCUUCAGAGUUCUGUUUAUUACUGUGUUCUGUAAGGAACGUCAGAGGUCUGACGCUCGUCUGGUCUGAAGGCCACGGUUUAUUAUACCAAACUAUCAGCAUCUCCACAUCCAACACCACACUGAGUCUUUAUCUAGAAGUAAUCUUCAGCUGUGUGGCUUCCAACCCAGUCAGUAAUGAGACGACUACAAUAGACGUCACAAAAGUCUGCCCUCUGGACAAAGGUUUGGAGGCUCGAGUGUGGAGUGUGAUGUUCAUUACAGUCGUGUAUGUUGUGAUCUCUAAUGUGUGGUCACUAAUGAUUAUAGUGAUUGUGGCGUUUCUGAGGAAAAGGAAAGAAAGUGAAUCCAGCUGGUGUGCAGAAGACAGCUACUUGGAGUACCCCUGCUCAGUCACACCAUCCUGUACCAUCCACACCAUCACUCAUCUGGAACCUUCUACACUUGUGAUCUUGGAGUCCUGGCCAGGGUUUGAACCAGCAACCUCUCAAUGA